UCUUGUAAGUUGUGUUUGUUCUGUGUGUUUUUCUGCGUUUAGUUUUGUUUUUUUUUCGUUCUUUCGCGUAUGUAGUGAUUGCUGCGAUUAACACCGUUGUGAACACGUCGAUAUUUAUAGCACACAAAAAAAAAAUCCAAUAAUGUAACUUCAUUUGGUGUGAUUAAAAUUUCAUAAAUGCAUUGUGCAAAUCAGCCAAAUGGUCAAUUGAUUUACAUGUUAUUUUUGUCUCACAAUUUAGUGUGAAUAGAUGGCCUAAUAAGUGCUGCGUUCACGGUCAAUGGAUUAAUGAUACGCAUACAAUCGGUCAAAGUCAACUUUGAAUACGGCGAAUAAGUUUUGUGAAUGCAAUUUGUUUUUUUUUGUCUCCAGACUUUGUCAUUGUUUGGCUCAACGCAACUCUCUAUGAGCGGAUGCAAAUGAUAAGAGCCAACAAAAUCAAGAGCAUUGUGCAAAAAAAAAAUGAAUCAAUAAAAUGAUGUUACAAAAAGUGGUUGUGCAAUAUUACGAAUUCAAACAACAUAAGGAAUAAAACUAGACGAGAAGAUUUGUUUUGAAACGACGACCUUCGUAUUAAAUAAAAUCCAUCCAGACAUUGCAGUGGAUUGGAACGCUACGUUUAAAAUAUUUUGGACAAUCAUUGAUUUGUUUUGAUCAGGGGCCCAAUCAAUCAACUUCAUUUUACAUUUCAAAAUCGAACGCGUUUUGGGAGAAAAACGUACUCAACCAAGCAUCCACAAUCUGAUAAACUUAUCUACCAAAAUAGUUGUCACAAGAUAUUUUUUCCAAACUGAUUGGAACCAGCUUGCAGCACCCGUUAAUUCGGGAUGGUGCUGACACAUUUUGGAAGAUGCCACACGCAGAUCGAAUAAUGCAUAGCCAUGGAACGUCAAUGAGCCAAAGUGCAUUAUUUGGCUGUUCCUCGGCUGGUCAUAGCGGUAUCAACCAAUUGGGUGGAGUUUAUGUAAAUGGCAGACCAUUGCCCGACUCAACUCGGCAAAAGAUUGUCGAAUUGGCACAUUCUGGUGCCAGACCUUGUGAUAUUUCUCGCAUUCUUCAGGUUUCAAAUGGAUGUGUUAGUAAAAUAUUGGGAAGAUAUUAUGAAACUGGUUCAAUAAAACCACGUGCGAUAGGCGGCUCAAAACCAAGAGUAGCCACCUCACCAGUUGUACAAAAAAUUGCCGAUUAUAAACGAGAAUGUCCUAGUAUAUUUGCGUGGGAAAUACGAGAUCGUCUAUUAUCGGAAGCGAUCUGUAAUAGUGACAAUAUACCAAGCGUUUCAUCAAUAAACCGAGUUCUAAGAAAUUUGGCGUCACAAAAAGAGCAUCAAAUUCAACAUCAAAAUGAAUCAGUGUACGAUAAACUGCGGAUGUUUAACGGUCAGUCGGGCGGUUGGGCUUGGUAUCCGGCGGCAGCGGCUGCAGCAACUGUCACUUGUAGCACUGCAAAUGUUCCAUCGCAAUUAUCGAUUCCGGCGCCAUCAAGCAUUACAAAUAUUACGGCUAGCAAUUUAUCAACCAAUUUAAAUGGAAAUCAAUUAAUUCGCGAUGAUUCACUCAAACGAGAUUUAUUUUCAGUCGACGGUAUAAAUCAAACACCAUCAUUGGCCAAUUCACAUGAAAGUACAUCGGACGGUAAUUCAGAUAAUGGUGGAAAUUCAUCCGGAGAUGAGGACAGUCAAUUACGUCUACGUCUCAAACGAAAAUUACAACGAAAUCGGACAUCGUUUACCAACGAGCAAAUCGAUAAUUUAGAAAAAGAAUUUGAGCGCACACAUUAUCCGGACGUGUUUGCAAGAGAGCGCUUAGCAGAGAAAAUCCAACUACCCGAAGCAAGAAUUCAGGUCUGGUUUUCAAAUCGUCGAGCCAAAUGGCGUCGAGAGGAGAAACUUCGUACACAAAGACGAUCUGUGGACCAGCAGAACAACAACAGCGUUACCGGUUCAGUUUCAACGGCAAAUAGUCAAAGCAAUGGCGGUUUAGUGUCAGCCAAUGGUGGCAAUAACAACGGUACAGGUAAUAGCGGUGGUGGAAGUAGCACGGGAACAUCUCCAUCAUUAAUUGGAAGCGGAUCGACUCCAUCGCGUUUGCCAUUGAAUUCAGGAUUCAACUCAAUGUAUACAUCAAUACCUCAAACAAUUGGAUCAAUAACCGAAAAUUAUAGUCCAAUAUCUACGCCAUUGGGCUCGAUGGCAUCGUCAUGCCUGCAACAACGUGAAAGUUAUCAUCCAUACAUGUUUCAUGAUCCAUUGUCAUUGAGCGCACAAUAUGCAGCGCAUCCGUCACGACAUCAUGCAUCAUGCAAUCCAACGGUGGCUCAUCAACAACCACAUUCGCAACACGGAAACUACGGCACCCCAGGAAGUGUUGGCAGCAAUAGCAAUUUAAACAGUUCAUCAGCAAGCACAGGAUUAAUAACAGCUGGUAUUUCAGUACCUAUUCAAAUAUCGACUCCAUCAGACAUCGGAGGGAGCUAUUGGUCUCGUUUACAGUGACAAAGCUCGAAAUAAUUUAGUUUAAUACAUUUUUGAAGAAAAAAAAACAUACACACACACAAAAACAAACAAACCAUAUUUUUUAAAAAGGGCAUUUCGAUAGGACAUGAUUGUGUACAAAUGAAUAUAUUUUUGUUUUGGUUUUUGGAAAUGAUUUGAGAUAAGAUACGAUGCAUGAUUUGUAUGAACAAAAUUGAUCGAUAUGAAUUUUCCAUCAUUUAUCAAAUCCAAUGAAUUCCUUCUUUAAUCAAACAAACAAAAAAAAUGAAAAUAAAACUUUCUUAACAAUUGUAGUUCAUUUGUAAAAACUCAACAAAGAAAUAAAAUCAAAUAUAUUCACGCGAUAAAGCCAUAUUUUGGGCUUGCAAUCAAACAAUUUCAACAACUGUUUUUUCGGUGUGCAACCAAAAAUAUUUUAGCUUGUACUGUAUUAAGUGAAAUGGUCUAGUUGUAUUCAAGAGAUAUUUUUUAAGCACUCUUUUUUUGUCUCAAUUCAAAUACGUUUCGUCUUUUUAUUUCUAAAAGAAACAUAACUAAUUAACUAAUAUUCAAUGGAAGGUAGCUUUUAAGUAGUUGUUUUUUUCCAGUCUGAAUUCAUUCCGUAUUUCAUUUAAACAUAAAUGUUUAAACCUUGUGGAUUAUUAACAAAAAAAAAGAAAUGAAUUUACGAUACAUUCUCAGUUUGUUCCCUUCAUUUUCAUUUUCUCAACAUGGAAAAUCAAAUAGGGAUGUAAUAUAAUCAAAUUAGGUGUUUUAAAUUUUCAACAUAUGAUUUGAUUCGACAACCAUGAUUUAGGCAGUAUUUUCGUCAUAAUUUUAAUCGCACGAUAAACGAAAUUUAGAAUUUGAAUGAAAAAAGCUACUUUAUUUGAAAUGCCAGUGAAAUAUUGCAUCAUUCAGAAUAUUAAGACUCGCAAUUUGAUAAUGCAAUUUAAAAAAAAAUUGAACGUUACCUUAAAAUUUAUAAAUUUACUGCCCACAGAAAUUAAAGAGUAUAAAACUAGUUUGCAAUGAAACAUUUUACUGUGAACGCAAAAAAAAAUCAGUGUAAAUUGUAACUUUACCUCGUUUAUUGUUCUUUAAUUUCUCUGAGUAGUGCAGAAAAAUGCUUAAGAAUUAAUGACCACUCACAAAAUCACAAUAAGGUCAAUAAGCACUUUGAGAGAAUGACUGAAAAUCUCAUCAUGACAAUGAAUGGGGUUAAUUCAGUAGCAAUACCAUAUAUUGUCACAGUGACAUAUUCAAUCAAUUCAAAAAAAAAGAAGUAUAGAGGUACUUCUUUUUUCUGUUUUUAAACAUUUUAAGCAUUACAUUAGAAAAUCGCUUAUUUGAUUUCAUCAAAUGAGAUAAAUUAUUUAAAUUGUUCAUCAUAAAAAAAAAACAAAAUACCAAAUUAUUAUUUAAUGCGUUUCGGUGAUUUUAGUAUCCCUCUAAUUGAACAGUUUUCUUUUUGUGUGAAAAAAAUUGCUAAGUUUAAUCCUUAAAAAUAUCUUGGUUCGUUCAUACAAUGGUACACACUACACACAAAUGUAUAAUAUCUAAGUGAAAAACCAUUGGAAUAGCUUUGUGAGAAAAAGAAAACCAAAAUUGUCUAUAUUCAGGCGAAUUGAACGACCGAUAUGCGAAUAUGUGUAUUGAAUUUUGGCAAAUAAGUUCAAUAAUUCUGAAAUUAUUCAUGGGUAUUCGCACAAAAACCAUUACUAAUGCAAAACAAAUGGAGGAGGAUUACCUGCGGCAAAAAAUAAAAACGAAGUUCUGAUUAUAGUAAUAAUUUUAGUGAAUCCCUUUCUAAGCUACAUCUAACUUUAUGAUUAUUUUUAUAUACAUGGACAUGAAAAGUCAUUAAUUAUUCUAGUUGUUAAGCUUCUUUGAAACGUAACUGUAAUUAAAUAAUGUAUGUAUUUAUAUUGACAUUUCAAUUUGAAUGAAAUAAAAACUUUAC